AUGGCCACCCCUAGUGUCCUAGCCUUUGACGCCGAGGGUCGAGCCAUUGAUUUUGAGGUCUGGCUAGACGACCUGCAGCUUUUCUUACAGUGCGACAGAGCUGACAGCCUUUCUCUCUUUGACCUCACCUCUGGCGCCUCUCCUGCUCCUGCUGCCGAUGCUGAUCCCACUGUCCGCUCUCAGUGGGCCACCCGCGAUGCUGCUGCACGUCUUGCUGUGCGUCGCCACCUCCCUACCUCUGAGCGUGCGCACUUUAGUCAGUACAAGAGUGCUCAGACCUUGUACGACGCUGUAGUUGCGCGCUACUCCUCCCCUGCCACUGCUGCACUGAGCCUCGCGCGCCUCCCUGACUCCCUCCGCGUAGUCAGGGACCACUUUCUCGCAGUCUGUCCCACCACUCUCACCGUCGACCUCCUCGAGAAGGCCCUCCUCGCAGCGGAGAAGAGCAUAGUCGCUGUAGGUGCCUCUCGUGGUGACCCUCGCACCCCCAUCUUUGAGGGGUGCUCUCCUUCCCCCUUGCUGCCCUCUGUUGCCUCUGCUGCUGCGGCCGACCUGCUUGGUCUUGAGUCGGUCGGCGCGGCGUCUGCCCCUAGUGGGAGACGUCGCUCUAGCAAGGGCAAGGGGGGCAAGGGCGCGGGCGGAGCUGGAGGGGGCGGUGGCGGUGGCGGCGGAGGCGGCGGAGGGAGUGGGGGUGGUGGCGGGAGUAGUGGUGGUGGUGGUGGUGGUGGUGGCAGCAGCGGCGGAGACGGUAGUGGUAGUGCCAGCGGUGGUGGUGGAGGCAGCAGCGGGAGCGGAGGCGGUGGAGGUGGAGGCAGUGGAGGCGGCGGCGGAGGAGGCGGUGGUGGUGGAGGAGGUGGAGCUGGUCGUGGUGGUACCCAGCAGCGGAGCGGCGGUGGUGGUGCCCAGCGCUCGCAGCGGCAGCAGCAGCAGCGUUCGCGGGACAUCCCUCCGCCUCAGCAGCUUCGUGAGUGGUACGCUGCGCGUCAGAGGGGUGGGGGUACUGGUCCCUGCGCCUACGUUCUUCGUUCCGGCGACCGCGCGGCGAUCUUUGAUCUUGAUUUUGAUGCUAUCCUUUCUGCUCUGUAUGCUGUGACUUAUAGUGAGGAGCAUGAGGGUUACCGGUGUUUCCAGCCCGACCCGGGCAUUGGUACUGCUGCGCUAGGUACUUGUGAGGCUGCUGCUCUAGGUGCCAGUGCGUCUGCGCUCUCAGGUACUAGUGAGACUGCGCUCUCAGGUGCUGGUGAGACUGCGCUCUCAGGUACUGCGUCGCCCUCGUCCUCCCUCACUUUCACACUUGACUCUGGGGCUUCUCGCUCCUUCUUUCGAGACCGCACUACCCUUACGCCUCUUGGCCGGCCGGUUGCGGUCUCCCUUGCUGACCCCUCUGGGGGUCCUGUCCUGUCUCACUUCUCCACUGUCCUCCCGUGUCCGGCUGACCCUUCGGGCACCCUGUCUGGUCUGUACCUUCCCUCGUUCUCUACGAACUUGGUGAGUGGUGCGGACCUACAGGAUGCGGGGGUUCACCAGUUCACUCCUGCGAGGCGACGGGUGACCCACUGCACGGACGCAGACACAGGCCGACACCUGGCCACCUUUUCGCGUCGGCCAGGGUCGAGUCUCUACACCCUGACCACUUCGUCUCCUCCUGUCCCUGCGUCUGGUCAGGUAGCUGCGUCAGGUCAGGUGUUUGCUGCUGCUUCCAGGUCAGGUCCUGAGUCUGCCCCCUGUUCUUGUCGCCUCCUGUCUCACGAGACUCUCCUGUGGCACCACCGUCUUGGCCACCCCUCCUUGCCCCGUCUUCGGAGCAUGGCUUCCCGUGUCCUUGUCUCUGGUCUUCCCCAGUCUCUCCCUCCUCUCCCCUCCGGGCCAGGACCUUCCUGUGUCCCCUGUGUCGAGGGUCGCCUCCGAGCUACUCCUCACUCCUCCCACUUCCCCCCGACAGAGGCUCCCCUGCAGACGCUUCACAUGGAUGUGUGGGGCCCAGCCCCCGUCCGUGGGCAGGGUUACGAGCGCUACUUCCUGUUGGUGGUUGACGACUACUCGCGUUACACCACAGUCCUCCCCUUGCGCAGCAAGGGUGCGGUCACUGAGGUGCUGAUCGACUGGAUCCGCGAGGCUCGUCUCCAACUCACGAAGAGCUUCGGCUCGGACUUUCCUGUUCUGCGUCUGCACUCGGACAGAGGCGGAGAGUUCUCUUCUCGCCUUCUGCGAGACUACUGUCGUGCACGGGGGAUCCGCCAGACCUUCACGCUUCCGGACUCACCACAGCAAAAUGGGAUUGCUGAGCGCCGCAUUGGCAUGGUCAUGGAUGUCGCUCGUACGUCCAUGAUGCAUGCGGCUGCCCCCCAUUUUCUGUGGCCGUUUGCUGUGAGGUACGCGGCGCAUCAGCUCAACCUUCACCCCCGGGUCUCUCGGCCUGCGAUGUCCCCAGUCUUGCUGUGGACAGGGAAGGUUGGCGAUGCGUCUGUGUUCCGUGUCUGGGGAUCUCGGGCGUUUGUCCGCGACUUGUCUGCCGACAAGCUGUCCCCCCGUGCUGCUCCCUGUGUCUUCCUUGGCUUCCCCACUGACGCCCCAGGGUGGCAGUUUUACCACCCCUCCUCUCGUCGUGUUCUGUCCUCCCAGGACGUCACGUUCGACGAGUCAGUCCCCUUCUACCGUCUCUUCCCCUACCGCACUCCUUCCCUCCCCCCUCCCCCGGACUUCCUUGUGCCGGUUCCCCCCCCGGUCGACCCCCUCCCCCCUCAGGUUCCUGCCCCCUCAGGUGUGUCCCAGGUAGACGCCGUUGACCCGGUCGAGGUUACUGGUGACUCUGGUGCUGCUGCGGGUGCUGAGCCUGGGGGUGCUGACUCUGGGGGUGCUGACCCUGAGGGUGCGGGGCCUGGGGGUGCUACUGCUGGGGGUGCUGGGCCUGGGGGUGCUACUGCGGUGGGUGCGGAGCCUGGGGGUACUGGGCCGGGGGGUGCUGUGCCUGGAGGUGCUGAGUCUGGGGGUGCUGAGCUGGGAGCUGCUGGGCCUGAGGGUACUGAGCUGGGAACUGCUGAGCCUGGGGGUGCUGCGCCUAGAGUUGCUGAGCCUGGGGUUUCUCCUGCUGCUGCGUCUCGCCGGGAGCCCCUCUCUCCACCGGAGCUGCGCGAGUGGUUCGCUCGCCGCUGGAGGCGUGCUGCUGAGUCUGGAGGUGCUGCUGGAGCUGGAGCUGGAGCUUCUUCGACCGUCGAGGGUGCGGGUGCUGCCGGUCCCGGAGCUGCUGGACCUACUGGUCCUCCUGGAGCUGGAGCUGCUGAGGGCGUUGGUGCUGAGCCUGCUGCUGUUGGACCUGCCGCUGGAGGUGUGGGUGGCGCUGGUGCUGUCGCUGAGGGUGCUGGUACUGUCCCUGCUGAGUCUGGAGCUGCCGCGCGGCCUCGGCCGUACUUCGUUCCGCUCCUGCAGCAGGUUCUUGGUCUUUCUCCUCCUGUAGAGGGUCCACCGCCUGUCCAGUCGCAGUCCCUACUGGAGCCUUCCUCUUCGCUGCCUGCUCCCUCUCCUUACACUGGUCCUACUGGAGGUCUUGCUGAGCGCCGUGAGCCUGCGUCUCGUCCCGCGUCGCCUGUUCGUGCUGCUCGCGCUAGUGGUCGCAGUUCGCGUCAGCGUCCUCCUCCUGUCCCUGGCACGCAUCGGAUGUCUCUGCGUCCGUCCACUGCUCCUCUGCGUGCCCCUUUGCCAUCUCCUCCUGAGUCCUCUCUUCCUGCGCUUGCCGACCCUGAGUCGGACUCUCUUCGCGCUGCCAGUCCUACUGUCACGCGUCUGCUUGCUACUGUCGUCACUGACCCCUCGUUUGAGUCCACUGCUGCGUCUGCUCUGGUCGCUGAGCUCGUUGACUUUGCUGCUCGCUGUCGUCUCGACUACGCUGCUAGUCUUGUUGCUGAGUCUGUGUCUGGCUGUCCUCUGUCCGUCAGGGGUGAGUGUGCUCUUGGCACGGACGUCCUAGAGGACAGGCAGGAGGAGUUACAGUGUCUAGCGGCUGCUUCACCUCAUCUCGCGUCUGUACUGCUUGCCCCUGAGGGAGACCCGGAUGCACUAGACAUCCCGACUCCGCGUUCUUACGCGGAGGCCGUAGAGGGUCCCUACUCCUCUCAGUGGCAGGCAGCUAUGGAUGCAGAGAUGGCUUCCUGGAAGUCCACAGGCACCUACGUUGACGCAGUUCCCCCUCCUGGGGCGAACAUCGUCAGUGGCAUGUGGAUCUUCAGGGUGAAGCGACCGCCGGGCUCUCCACCUGUCUUCAAGGCACG